GAAGCCUGCGCCAGCCCCCACACGAGACUUGGCUCUGGCUAGCUCCGGGGCUCCAGGGCUGAACUGGCUGGCUGGCUGCGCUGCUGAGCGCCAACUGCAGCAUGACAGCUAGGCAGACGCAGGGAGCGAAUAAGCAGCCGCAGCGCAGGGCCGCCGUGCGUCAUCAUGUGCUGCUCCCAGCCGUCGCCGGCCAAACCUUCACCUUGCACCGUCUGCCUGACCUCGAAUCCGCAGAGACGAUCGUUCGAGCAAGCAAGCACCUGGUCUGCGAAGUGCGACGCUGCUUGUGAGCGCAGAGCUGGGAUCCCGGACUGUCCGCACCUGACGCCAGCACCUCAGCUGCCCUGUUGUGGCCCUGCCUGCCUGAAGCUGCCGGCAAUUCGCAUCCGUGCCGUGUCCUAUCUGGGACGCCUGUGCCUGGCCGUUGUGCCGUCGUGUCUCGUCCAAUAGCUGGCGCGAGGCUAGGUAUAACCGCCGAGAAGCCACAUCACCGCCUCAGUUUCCCCCUCUCAGUCUUGAGCCUCAUGCCGGGCU